AUGAUACGCACGCCUGCUCUCCGAAGCCAGCGCCUGGCUUUCCGGUUCGCGCCCCCACAAGCCACGGAAUUUCGCCAGUUCUCAAUCUCCUCCCAGCUGAACAAUGCCCAGCCGCAACCACCGAGCUCCAAGCCGAAACCCCACGACAUUGACCCACGAUGGCUUACCAUGACAAAACGGCGCGUCGGCAGAUGCAUGAUGUUUGGGUUGAAACCAUCUCAGAUCCAGGAGGCUGGGGAGCUUAUGCGCCAGAUUGCCACGGACUGGCGCGAGCUGAUUGCGGGUAGACAUGUCAACAAUGUCACAUACGUCCGAUACGCCGAAACCGCGCGCGUAUACUUCACCCGCAAUUUCGCUCUGCAUAUCGACCCAGCGCAUAAGACAGAGUGGAUGAAUCUCGUCAGCAACAGGGGUCUAGGCAUUAUCCUGCGGAGCAUCAAGAUUGACUACAAAUUCCCCAUGCAAUACCCAGACAAAGUAACAGUCUACCACAAACUCAUCCACGACCCCUCAUCCUCGCAGUCCUCGCAAUUCGCAUUCCAUCUACAGGCUAUGAUUCUCUCAGAAUCCCGCCAGCGCCCGGCCGCCCGUGUUCAUGAGGACCUUGUCACGUACGACUACAAGCUAGGCAAGAAGGCGGCUAUCCCACCAUUCUUGAUGGACCAGCUUAAGGAUACGUGGAAGCGACAGGAGCAGGCCAAGAAGGAAUGGCAGCAACGGAUUCUGGACAUUGAGGCCAGGGUCAGGAAGUUGGAGGUUGAGAGCUGGGAUCGGGAGGAUGCGGUUGAGGAUAUGGGGUCCGCGAAGAAUUAG